CCCUGCCGCGACUCCCCCACGGCCGCCAUCUCCAUCCCCGCUCUCCAAUCCUCGUCUUCCAUCAUUCUCCUCUCCGCCGGUGACAUUCACGAGUUCACUCUCCAUUCCCUCGACGCCUCCCUCCGCCCCCGUUGCGUUGGCGGAGAUUACUUCGAAACAGACCUCUCGAGCCACUCAUGGAAAUCCCGCCCCCCCAUCCUCGACCUCGGCAAUGGUUCCUACACUCUCCGCCUUCAGCUCCACCCAAGCUUCGCGUCUCAAAAUGCUAUUUUUAACCUCUCCAUCGUCCUCCUGUUCCGCUCCUUCGACGGCCUCAAGAUUUAUCCCGAUCGCUUGGCAGUCCGCAGGGAGGUCAGUCGCAUCUCCAUCAAAUUUUUCACACCUCUGACAUCCGUCCCCCUUCCCAACCUUCAGAUCUGCCAACCCAAUGACUUCACCCACGCCGCGUGGUCCGGUCGCUGGACUCGCCUCACCCGAAACGACUCCUGCACCGUCGAUCACGCAGGUCGGUACCGCUGCAUCGACCCUGCUUUCCCCUGCGAACAACCGUGGUGCAGCGGAUCGCUCGCCGCCCUCGAAAGCAAUGGCUGGGUCUAUUCCGCUCACUGUGCCUUCCGCUUGUUCGAACAAUCCUCAGCAUGGCGCUGUCUCCGCGGCAAAUGGCUUCUUUUCUGGGGUGAUUCUAAUCAUGUCGAUACUAUCCGCAACCUCCUCAACUUCGUCCUAGGCUUGGUAGACAUUGAAGCUGUCCCGCGCCGUUUCGAUCGGUAUUUCACCAACCCCGUCAACAAUUCCGAGACCCUGCGCAUCACCAAUGUGUUCAAUGGCCAUUGGAACGAUAGCUUAAACUAUCUCGGCCUCGCCUCCCUUCGCCACGCACCAUUCCGCAGUCUGCUUUGGAAAUACUUGGACGAACCGGGCGGCCAAACGCCCGACGCCAUCGUCCUUAACUCCGGUCUACACGAUGGCUUCUACUGGAAGACUCGUGCAGCUCCAAACUAUGACCCCUGCAACCUAUGGGCGUCAGCACAGCUCCACUACGACCAAUAUGCCCAACUAAGGCUUACGUGGUUCACAGCUUGUGCAGCUCCCGAUUCUGGCCCCCACGGCGUAUGUACGUUACCAUAG